AUGCCGCCCCUGAUGCAACAACCUGCGCCUUUAACCAUCGGUUCUCCAGCUCUUUCAGACAUGGAAGUGAAGUGUGACGAUGCAGAAGGAAUCACUCUAGUUGCCUUAACUCCUGAUAGGAAAGACGGGAUAUGCACAGGUGCUUCAGCUGCGUCCGGUUUAAUGGAAGACAACGACGAUCUUGCGAUGGCAUCUAAUGAUGCGGAAGAGACCCAGGCCGAUGAAUAUCUUGAAGGCGACGGGCUUGAAAGGUCUUCCUUUGAUGAGAUAAAACAAGAUGAUGCCCCUGAUCCAUUCCAUCGGCGCUAUUCGCAACUCCCCUUCUUUGAGUGGUCUUCGUUUGCCUUAUCACCCCCUCCUGAAAGCGAUAUUGCCGAUCAAAAAUUUUACACGGCUGGGAAAAUCUUGGAAUGGAUUCCGAAAGACGUAAUGGGAGAGGUUCUCUGUCCAGAUGAUGACCUCGCCUACGAGGGUGUGUGGCCGUACUCGGGUAAAACGCCGCAACUACGUAGUUUCAGUCGAAAGAGGCCGUGGAUGGAGCGUGAUGGGCGUUGUGGUGGGCUCGAAGAAAGUCUACCAACACCGACGUCGAAUGAGAAACUAUACAGGAGAAGACAGAGGCUAUUCCCCGAUCGAGCUGGCUCGCCUGGACUCUGCCGUCGUGCCCGCCUGAAUGGGAAAAGAUCUCAGGCUUAA